CCUACCUUGAACACAACCCCACAAAGCUCCAAUGGCUUCCAUGAUUGCGAAGGUCGCAUGCGUAAUGCGUGCCCACAGCACCUCCAACUUCCAUUUUCUGUGCUCAUAGCUCGGCCGUCGGGCGUUCAGCUACUACGGCUUGUCAUGGCGCCAAAUACGGCCGAUACCCUGCCAUACCACCCCUACCAACUCACGCUAUACUUUGCUAUGCUUGGUUACGCCUUUAUGCUCUUCCCUCUUAACUACAUGCACUCUACUGCUUCUGCCUUAUCACCGUAUGCUGAUUUGGUUGUCCUAACUUAACACAUAUCACAUCGUGAUGGAGUGGGUAAGUCCGUGCACUACGCAUCAUAAGGUU